UGUGUGUGUGUGUGUGUGUGUGUGUAUGUGUGACAGCAGUCGACCGACAGAAGCCAGAGAGACAGAGUGUCUUUUCUCAGCAGCUCACUUCUUAUGAGAGUUUAUCUGUUUUGUAGAUGUAGAUGCCACCGAGUGUGUGAGUGUGUGUCUGUGUGAGAGAGAAAGAGAGAGAGAAAGAGAGUGUGUGACAUGCCUGAGGAGGAAUAUUAGUCACAUGAACAUCAGAAUGGAUUUCCAGCAUCGGGCAGCUCUGGAUAUCUCCACCAGGAACCCUCAGGAUGAUUUUGAGAUACUGCUGAGAGUCGGAGGAGGAACCUACGGAGAAGUUUACAAGGCACGUAACAAGCAGAAUGGAGAGCUGGCAGCCAUCAAGGUCAUCAAGAUGGAACCAGAGGAUGAUUUUUCGAUCAUCCAGCAGGAAAUCGUCAUAGUAAAGAGCUGCAAACACCCCAACAUAGUGGCAUAUUAUGGCAGCUACAUACGAGCUAAUAAACUAUGGAUCUGUAUGGAGUUCUGUGGAGGAGGCUCCCUCCAGGAUGUCUACCAUGUGACUGGUCCUCUGUCUGAGCCACAGAUCGCCUACAUCUGCAGGGAGAUGCUACAGGGUCUGGACUACCUGCAUGCACAGAAGAAAAUCCACAGAGACAUCAAGGGUGCCAACAUCCUCCUCAACGAUCAGGGCGAGGUCAAGCUAGCUGAUUUUGGGAUCUCAGCUCAAAUCACAGCCACUCUGGCCCGGCGAAUGUCCUUCAUCGGGACGCCAUAUUGGAUGGCACCAGAGGUGGCAGCAGUGGAGAUUAAAGGUGGAUACAAUGAACUUUGUGACGUCUGGUCUGUGGGAAUCACAGCCAUAGAACUGGCAGAGCUACAGCCGCCAAUGUUUGAUGUCCACCCGCUGCGGGUCCUGUUUCUCAUGUCCAAGAGCGGCUACCAGCCUCCUAAACUGAAGGACAAGUCUAAAUGGUCCUCCAUGUUUUAUAACUUUGUAAAGGCCAUGCUGGUGAGGAACCCGAAGAAGAGACCGAGCGCCGCCAAGAUGCUUUCACACAUGUUUUUGACCCAGCAGUGCCUGAACCAGGAGCUGACCCUUGACCUGCUAGAGAAGUAUCGAAACCCUGAGAAACUGAAGACCUGCCUGGUGACGGAGGACGACGAGAUGGAGGUUGUCGUGCCUGGAUCUUUAAAGAGGAUCCAGUCUAUCAACAAGCACAACCAGGCAGAGAGGACAAACUCUGACAUAAGCUUGGAACAGAUCUACACCCGCAGGCCUGUGAAGAAACAGUCACCAAACACAACGUUAAGGCCUUCAGUGGGAUCAACCGGCAGUAGCAAGAGUCCAAUGAGGGAUCAGGACACAGACUCAGAUGAUGACUAUGAUGAUGUGGAUAUCCCUACGAUACAAUCCACCAGCAAUCUCACAAUACCAGCUGAUGAAAUCCCACCUCCACUUCCUCCAAAGCCCAAAGCGCGGACCAGCUCAGAGGAGAGCAUGGCAGGGGAAGACGAACGGACGAGGAAACCUUGCUCACUCUACGCCCCCUCCCCUCUCAUCAGGACCUCCAGUGGGACCCACGUCCGACCUACGCCCCAACCCCGAUCCUCACGACACUCAGACCCUUCAUCCUUCUCUGCCCAUUUGAAUGACAUCCCGCAAGACCUCCUCCCUCCUGAGCUUCCCCCUAAAGGCAUACGCAGACGGCAACCCCCAACAAAGGACCCUGCUGAGUGUGUCAGCCCCGUCACGAAGAAACCUCCUGUCUACUUUAAAAAGAUCUUCCAUGGCUGCCCUCUUAAAAUAAACUGGUCCACGACCUGGGAAAACCCAGCUACCAAAGACCAGCAUCUGAUCCUGGGGGCAGAGGAAGGAAUCUAUACCUUGAACCUCAAUGGCUCGGAGGCGACAAUGGAGCUGUUGUAUCCUGGGAAGUGUACCUGGGUCUACACCAUUAAUAACGUCCUCAUGUCUGUAUCAGGCAAAUCAUCACAGCUUCACUCCCAUUCACUGAAGGAGUUGUAUGAACAGGCUCGGAAAGACCAGAGGAUGGUUGCCUUGCCGACUCACAGACUGUUACCAAGGAAGUUUGCAGUGACGUGUAAAAUACCCGAUACCAAAGGCUGCAAGACCUGCUCAGUUGCAGGUAGCUUGCAGCGAGGCUGUGUAUUCCUGUGCUGUGGUCUAGAGUCCAGUGUAGUGCUGCUGCAGUGGUACGAGCCAAUGCACAAGUUCAUGCUCAUUAAGCAUUUUGACUUCCCCCUACCCAACCCUGUACGGGUGUUUGAGAUGAUCGUGGUGCCCCAGCAAGAGUACCCACUGGUGUGUAUCGGGGUUUCUCGGGGAUCCAACCCCAACCAGCCAGUCGUUAUUGAAUACAUCAACCUCAACUCCAACACAUCCUGGUUCACCAACUCCGGCCUGGAGAAACCUUGCCCAGAUGUAGUUCAAGUACACCAGUUGGACAGUCACUCGCUGCUCGUCCUCGUAGAAAGGUCGGUACAUAUAGUUGGUCUGGAGGGGGAGUCGAAGAGCAACAGGCCUCUGCCACUCGAGACCACGUUCUCUCAUGAUAUUGAGUCUAUAGUGCCUUUUGAGGACACGCUGCUGGUAGUAUGGCGUCACGGUUGGCUGAGAAGAGGACAAGGUAUAAACGAGGGGGCGGAGAAUAUCACCGACCACAAGAAGAUCUACAGACUGGUGCAGUCAGACAGGAUGGUUGUCCUGGAGACGCAUCAGACCGAGGACCAGUCGGGGUUGUCCAACCUUUACGUCCUGGAAAUCGCUGAGAACUACGUCAUCCUACCCUGAAUCUCCUGUCUGCUGGCCUAAGGCAUCAUGGGAAACUCCCAACUCUGCUUCCAUAUGAAUGCUUCUGCCCGGGACUUUCAUCCACAUUGACGGGCAUGGAGGCGUCACUGCCACAGUAUUUUAUUUUCUAAUGGGAGUAGAUAUGUCGGAAGGAAAUGAUGGAAGGAUGUUGCUAAUUCAUACUGACCUGAGAGGAUCGUUGUGUGUUGUAGCCUUUGUCCCUCAAUCUUGAGGAGUCUGCUCUUAUUUAUGCUAAUUUCAACUUGGUUUCUGAGAUCCAGAACAAUCUCCAGAAUCCAGACAGCUGAGAAAACCGUAACUGAAUAGUGAAGGAAGGUUCUCCUCCGACAACUAAAGAGGAGUAUCUGUGUCCUUCCGCCACAGUAUUGUCGAUCGCAGCAGCAGCCGCGUGAAGGGAAUGAAAUAUAUGGCUUCAGAUCCCACAUACAAGCAUAAAAAAGGACUGGAGCACUGCUGUUGCUCAUUCUGUGUGUUGUUUUUUUUAAACCUGAGUUUGUAUGUCAGUGUUGGAUCAAAGAUAUACACUUCUUACUGCCGUUACACUGUAAUAAAGAUAAUUA